AUGGUUGUCUACGAGGUCACUAGUGUCAGCGAGUUCGAUGAUGUGUGCGACGAGUAUCCCAAGGUCAUCGUCGCAGCCACUGCGGACUAUGGACCUUGCACUGUUAUGGAGCCUGUCUUUUCACAACUCUCGGACCAAUUUCCCGAAAUCCACUUUGUGAAGGUUGACACCGAUAUGAUCCAAGACCUUGGUAAGAAAAUGGGCGUAGAAGCCAUGCCGACAUUUAUAUUCUACAAGGACGGUAACAAAGUGCACGAGGUCGAAGGAGCAGAUCCAGUUCAAUUGGAAAAGCACACCAGACUGCUUAGGUCGUCUUAG